AUUUCAAAUAGCAUCAUAUUGUAAGCUGGUUCAACAUAAGUUAGGAAUAGAGUUUAAUGUAAGUUAAAAAUAGUUGAAAGGCAUUUCAAAUAUUGUUGAAAAUAAGGCUGUAAAUCUAGUUGCCCACCCAGUAUUGAGCGAAGAGAGAUUUCCCACAAACCUGGGGACAGACAAAUAGUCCCACUAAAUAACAAAAGCUGAGUGUGAAGAUCCCCAGAAGGGAAUCUUAAACGGGGUUGUAAAAAUUUAAGUUUGAUAUAAAUAUUAAAAUUAGACAUAGAAAUAGGUUAGCUAAUUGUUGGGAAAGCGUAUUGUGCCAGGGUGAGUAACUGGAGGUGGCCUGGAAUCGCGGGAGCCGACCCGGUCCUUCUUGAGAACUCCAGACGCAGCUAAAAAACAAAAGAAAAAGCUGGCAAAAUAAUGACAGCUGGACGUUCCCGAUUGAGAAAUGUGGGUCGAUCCCGGGGCAAUCACCCUAGAAAAAUUGGCUGUUGUGCUGACGAGUGGCCUUAUUGCUCAACCCUCAGGAUUAGCUGAUGCCCGGACUCAUCCGAAAUAGCUCAAUGACCUGGAGAGGACAAAGGACAAUCGGGUCACCCGGAAGCAUAGCAGUAUUUUCGAAAUGCAACUGUUCCCCACCUCCUCCCUGAACGGAUUGAUAUAAAAAAGACAAUCAGAGAGAAUCCGGGCAGAGUCCGAGGAGAGAAUCCGGGUGGAGUCCGAAGAGAGUCUGCAGUUGACUCAGUCAGAGUGUCCAGUGGAGACGACGAGUGAGUCUGUCAAACGGAGUAAAAAGGGGAACUGGUGCGGCAGAUUAGUCAGCGUAGUUUGCAGGAUCCGUACUACCGAACCGACGAAACCGAUGCACGUAUUCCAGUCCUGAUGGUUGAAGAUGCUGCAAUUAAACAACAGAGAUUAUGUUCGGAGAUACUGUUGGAAGAGUGGGGUACGAGUGGGAGAAUUCGCCCUAGAUUGAGCACCCUGUACAACCUACUCAGACAAUCCGAAAUGAUACGAGCUGCUGAUUAUAUUUUGGAAAAUUUGUUGAAAGGUGUGACACCACCACUAUUCGGCAAUUUACAAGUACUUGGACAUCAUGGAUAUAUAAAUGAACCAACCGCUCCUCCUCUCUCAAGUGAAAGUCUUUAUGAAGACACUGUAGUCAACAAUUGUCAAGGCACAACAAUAUUUUGCCAUGAAGAUGUUAGAGAUGUUUGUGAAGUCAAGAUGUUCAGUUAUCAUGAGUUAUAUGAAGGCACUUCAGGAUUUUCAGAAAGCCUCAAACUCGGUGAAGGUGGCUUCGGUGUUGUGUACCUCUGCACUUUGCCUUCAGGAGAUAAAAUCGCCGUGAAAAAGCUGAACCACUCAAGUGCAAUUCCAGGAUUAUCUGGUCGCCAGUUUCGCAACGAACUCCUCACCGUGACUCAGUUCUCACAUAAAAACCUCCUUCAGCUCAUCGGCUAUUCUUCAAACGGGCCUGACUUAUGCUUUGCUUAUGUGUACAUGGAAAACGGUUCCCUUGAAGAAAACCUUAAACCUGGAAAAAAUUGUUUAGACUGGAAGAAAAGGUACAAAAUUGCUUGUGGAACCGCCGAAGGCAUUGUCCAUCUUCAUACUUUUACAGAAAAACCAAUGGUGCAUCGUGAUAUAAAAAGUGCUAAUAUUUUAUUAGAUCAACAUUACAUUCCUAAGGUAGGGGAUUUUGGAUUAGUUCGACAUGGGUCAAAUGCAAAAAGUACAAAGACGGUAGCCUUGACUUCUACCGUUCUGGGAACUUCGGCCUACAUGGCGCCAGAAGCAUUCAGAGGUGAUAUCUCAGUUAAAAUGGAUGUGUUCAGUUUUGGAGUUGUCUUGUUAGAAUUAAUAACAGGAUUACCACCGUUUGACAGUGACCGUGAAGGUUGUGAUUUGGCUACACACGUGGAUGAGGCUGACGAAUGGGAAACACUCAUAGAUGUGCGACCAGGAGAAAAAAAUAAAACUAUAGUACAACCUUUAUUCGACAUAGCCCAAAAAUGUCUUUUAGAGAAAAAAGCUCGACCCAACAUGACAAAUACAUUGAAGAUGUUGCAGGAGAUUUAUAAUUAUUUGGAAGAUUGAUUGUUAAUUUUAAACGUGUGCCUAUAUUUUUAUAUACUGAUUAUAUUUUU